AUGAAGCUCUCCCUGCUGCUUGCUGCCCUCAGCGCCGCCGUUGGUGUCAGCGCCAUCUACCCGCCGCGCGGCGCCACGGCCCCGAGGACCAAUGGCACCAAGCUCCUUACCUUCAACGAAACCGUGCCCACGAGCCUGCGCCCGUCUUCGGUGUCGCUGGCGUGGGUGGCCAGCGACGUCGACGGCCAGUACAUCUUCGCAGGCGACGACGGCGCUCUGAUUCUAGCCAACGCCAUUACCGGCCAGAACGAGACAUUUGUGGCCGCCGACCAGGUGCCCGCCGACUACUGGGACUAUUGGAUUAGCACCGACCUGAGCCGCGUCUUGUGGGCAACCAACUAUACGAAGCAAUACCGCCACUCCUAUUUUGCCGAUUACUUCGUCCUCGACAUUGCCACGGGCAGCUUGGAUGCUUUGGUCGCCGACCAAGCGGGGGAUAUCCAGUACGCCGAGUGGGAUCCCAAUGGGGAAAAGAUCGCCUUUGUUCGCGCCAACGACCUGUAUAUAUGGGCCGACGGUGAGGUUACGCGCAUUACUUCUGAUGGUGGCCCUGAUACCUUCAAUGCAAUCCCCGACUGGGUAAUGGAGGAGGAAAUCUUGGGCGACCGCUACGCGCUUUGGUGGAGCCCAGACGGCGAGAAGAUUGCCUAUCUCAACUUCAACGAGACCGGCGUGCCGACAUUCCGCGUGCAGUACUACCUCGACAACACUGAGUACGGAAACUCUUACCCGCGUGAGCUGGAACUCAGGUACCCCAAGGUCGACGCUACCAAUCCAACCGUAGGCUUCAAUCUGCUGGAUAUUGCCUCUUCUGAAAUCACUCCCAUUGCUAUCGAUGCGUUCCCUGCAGAUGACAUCAUCAUCGGGGAGGUUGCUUGGGCUACUGACGACCACUCCAACGUGCUGUUCCGCGCCUACAACAGAGUCCAGGAUUCCGAAAAAGUCGUCAAUGUCGAUGUUGCCUCGGGCUCGAGCUCCGUUGUGCGUGAGCGCUCAGAAACCGAGGGCUGGCUCGACAACAACCUCGCCAUCACCUACGUAGGCGCUGCGGCCGGCAACGGCACCAACGGAACCUACUACCUCGACCUCUCGGACGUUUCCGGCUGGACGCACAUCUACCUCUAUCCCGUCAACGGCGGAGCGGCCAUCCCGCUGACCAGCGGCGAAUGGGAAGUCCGUUCAAUCCUCAAGGUCGACACGGCCCGAAGCCUUGUCUACUACACCUCCACUGAGCACCACAGCACUGAAUCGCACCUCUACUCCGUCUCCUACACCACCCGCAAGAAGACGCCCCUCGUCGACGACACCAUCCCCGCCUACUGGUCCGCCUCCUUCUCCAGCGGCGGCGGCUACUACGCGCUCUCGUACCAAGGCCCGGACGUCCCCUACCAGGAGCUCUACUCGAUCAACAGCACCACCACGCCGCUGCGCACGCUCGUCGACAACGCCGCCUUCUACGCCGAGAUCAACGAGUACAAGCUCCCCGAGGUCAGCUGGUUCGAGCUCGACCACCCCUCGGGCGCCAAGCUCAACGUGAUGCAACGCCUCCCGCCGAACUUCGACCCCUCGAAGAAAUACCCCGUGCUCUUCAACCCCUACGGCGGGCCCGGCGCGCAAGAGGUGCCCAAGACGUGGGACCCGCUGUCGUGGAACGCCUACGUCGCGUCGGACCCGGAGCUGGAGUACGCGCAGUGGGUCGUCGACGGCCGCGGGACCGGCUACAAGGGCCGCGCCUUCCGCGCGCAGGUCAGCCGGCAGCUCGGCAAGCUCGAGGCCGAAGACCAGGUGUGGGCGGCGCGGCAGAUGCUCGAGAGCAACCCGUGGGCGGACCCGGACCACGUGGCCAUCUGGGGGUGGUCGUUCGGCGGGUACCUGUCGAGCAAGGUGGUCGAGCUCGACUCGGGCGUCUUCUCGCUCGGCCUCAUCACGGCGCCCGUCGCCGACUGGCGCUUCUACGACUCCAUGUACACGGAGCGCUACAUGAAGACGUUCGCCGCCAACCCCGCCGGCUACAACGAGACGGCCGUGCGCAAGACGGACGGGUUCAGGAACAUUGCGGGUGGCUUCCUCGUCACGCACGGCUUGGGAGACGACAACGUGCACUUUCAGCAUUCGGCCGUCCUGGCCGACGUGCUGAUGGCCGGCGGCGUCGGCCCGGAUAAGUUCGACAGCCAGUGGUUUACCGAUUCGGAUCACAACAUCAGGUAUAACGCGGAUAGCAAGUUUUUGUACAAGUCGUUGACGAAGCGGCUUUAUGAGGAGAAGAACCGCGUGCCGGGAGAGGGGGAGGAGAAGCAUCAGUGGAGUAGGAGGAGGGAGGUCGUUGUGUGA